UUCCCCGGAAAGGCAUCGACAUAGAGGCGGGGUUGGACCGACUUUCGGAUUCUCGUACGUCAAAUUAAACAUCCUUCUCGUAUUCGAGAAACUGGAUGCACGAGUGCCGAAGUCGCAACGAGUCUAUGCCCUAAUCGGCAUCGGCCCUAAUUACAUCAGUGUGGAAUUCUCCAAGAGUGUCAUUAAAAGAGACGAACAGGAUUUAAUUCUCGAUCUGGAUGCUGGGAAGACUUCACCAAGAUGCAACCAAUAAGUGAUUAUCCCAGUCAAGUUCAACGCUUCCUCGAGGAUGCGACGAAUCAUGUAUACGAUUUACAUCGCUGUCAGGAAUAUUGGUGGAUGUUUCCGAGCGAAACGUUGUACGAGAUGUGCGCGAAACGUAUUUACGGAUUCACCAACGUCGUCCCGGAAAUGUUGGGCGCCGACGUUUCCGGCUCGAUCUUCGAUCAUCAAGCAUCAAGCCUGUCCUGGCAUCCAACAUCCGUAAUUAAUUACAAGAGCCCGCAUUACGAAAAACCCCCGUAUUCUUACAUCGCCCUAAUAACGAUGGCGAUCGACUCGUCGCCGAAACGUCGACUCACGCUCGCCGGAAUUUACAAGUUCAUCAUGGACAAGUUUCCUUAUUACCGGGAGAAUCGACAAGGUUGGCAGAACAGCAUAAGGCACAAUCUCAGCCUGAACGAUUGUUUCGUGAAGAUUCCGCGGAACAAGACAAGCCUAAACACUGACGAGGAGGAUCAUAUGGUAGGAAAGGGAAGCUACUGGACUCUGGAUCCAUCCGCCAGUGAUAUGUUCGAAUACGGCAAUUACAGACGGAGAAGAACGAGAAGGCAGCGGGCCUUUGCUCGAGAUGAGAAGCAGAAAUUCACGGGAUUAUCGGCCGAAUUUUUACCCAACUUGACAAAAUGCCAAGAGAAACUUCAGCAACGAAGUAAAAUUAAUGAGAUAAAUGAAGAAAACGCCAUGGUAAAAGAUACCGCAGCCGAAUAUACGAAGUCUCCAGGGCACAUUGCCAAAACAAUGACAUUUAGCAUCGACAAUAUUCUACAAAAAUUUACAAGACAGUCGCAAACAUAGUUUUACGACAUGUAUCUUUUAUUUUAAAAAAUGUGGC